AUGGCUCAAUCGACGUCAGCCACUAUUCGUCAUAUUUUGAUUACUGGUGAACCAGGUGCCGGUAAAACAACACUAUUACGACGUGUAUGCGAAACAUUACUUCAACAAUCUCAACAGCUACCUUGCUACGGUUUUUAUACGGAAGAAGUUCGAGGAAAUACUCGCUCACGUAUUGGUUUUGACGUGGUUACCUUAGAUGGCAAAUCACAUACUCCUUUAGCACGAACCAAUGAGCAUACAACAUCACCGUCAGCAACAUUCCCGCGUAUCGGACAAUACAAUGUCUUCGUCGAUGAAUUCGAACGUGUUGCUUUACCAUUGAUAACAGAUAUUCAAACGCCAUGCAUAUGUUUCAUUGAUGAAAUCGGAAAAAUGGAGUUGUUAUCGAGCAAAUUCAAACGACAGAUUCAAACAUUAUUGGAUAAACCAAAUAUGAUUUUGAUUGCUACUAUACCGAUUAAAUCUGUUCCAUGUGUUGAUACUAUUCGUCGAAGAAAAGACUGUCAUUUGAUAACUGUUACACGUGAGAAUCGUUUUGGAAUGACGUUACGGAAUGAAUUAAUGAUUUAUAUCGAAGAAUUGAAGAAAGAUAUAUCAUAA